CGGUGGACGGGAGAGUUCGGCCGCGACGAGGUAAGCACGGUCCGGUUCGUGAAUCUUUCGCAAUUCGCUUCUGUGUCCGACCAGUUGCCGAGAAACGCUGGCUGUGCGAUGUGAGCGUCCGCGCUGCAGUUUAUAUUUAUCGUAUAUAGGCAGAGCGGUCCGUUUCGACGAGCGUUUUUCGUCGACGGCGUGUUUCUCUUUGGUCUCGUUGGUCACGGAACGCGUGCACGCCGCGCCACACGGUCCUCCACGGGCCCUCGUAACAGAAAAUAUGCCAGUGAUGCGUUGGAUUUUGGGAAAGCCAGUGCCCAACUGUGCCGUUUGACAGUUUCACGUUAGCCAAAACAAAAGCUCCCCUCGAACCAAGUAUCGUGAUCGAAGGAAUCCAGCGCGAGUCGAUCCGGGUCCACACGAUCCAAAUGGAGUGAGCCCAACUCACUUCGCUCGAAGAAUUUCGUUCGGUCUCUGUGUGACAUUUAGUAUACAUGAAUGGUUGGAGAUUCGCCAGACAUCGUCGGAGAAGGACCGGUCUCAGAUCUAGGAGAUCUAGAAGGAUGGUGGGAUAAUCCUAGUAUCGUGAUCUGGAGUUUCGUCCUAUUCGGCUGUUUCCUCUUGAAUGUCACGCUUCUAUUGGCAUUCCUCGUGCGUCCGUCGUUGCGGACUAUAUCCAACAGAUUCGUCAUGAACCUAACCGUGUCGAAUCUGUUGGUGUGCGCGAUCAUGAACCCGCUGCUGAUCAUAGACGCCUCCUCGUCGUCGCCCAACCCGCAACUGGUCGACGGAUCUUCCAUGGGGAACGUUUGCGCGAUGUCGGAUGGUGCGGUGGCCAUCGUGACAACUUCAUCGGUCUUCUCGGUCCUGUUGAUCGCUGUGGAUCAGUACUUCGCCGUGGUGGAUCCACUCCGCUACCGUGCGCGGGUGGACAAACUGAAGUGCGGCAUCCUGAUCAUAUCCACGUGGGUGAUCUCGAUCAUCUUCGGCUCUCUGGCGUUCUUCAAUCCGAAUCCUCGGGGAUUUUGGCUCUCUUGCGCACCAACAAGCAACUCGUCAGCUUCCAACAACUCUUCCUUCGAUCUCAUAACCGAGCCCACGAUCGCGAUCCUAGAGACUGAAGCCGGCGAACUCAACGCCACUACGAUCCCGGAGAUGCUGGAGUCCGUGGCGUCUAUAAGGAUCAACGAGGACAUCGAUCUGAUCGAGAAUACCACCGUGAUCUUGGACACAUUCAUCAGCAAGUCGAUCACCUACGGUUUCGUGUACGCACUGGUCUACAGCAUCUUCGCCUACAUUCUACCCUUCGCUGCGGUCUGCUGGAUCUACGUGAGCAUCUACGUUGCAGCGCACAGGAAUUCGGAGCGGGCCAGACGAAGCGGAUCGAGGCCGAUCCUCUCGUCAGCCAGCUUCAGCGAAGAACAGUACGGUCCCGGGAGGCUUCUGCGUCUGCAGGCCGAGGUAAUCGACGAUCUCCGCAAGCUGCCAAAGAUAUCCAGCUUGUCCUCCAUCGACGAGACCAGCGAGACCAUGCAGCCGACGGGACAGGUGUCUCGAAGAAGGUCCUUCUCUCCGCAGUUAGAAAUCGAAAUAUCGCAACCCGUCGAGAACGAACAGCCUCCAUCCGGGAUCGUUUUCACGGUGGGUUCGCAGAGAGUGAAGAUUUCCUCGGAGGACAUCAGUCAGGAGCCCUGCGACGGAACUGGUGCCGAGGAUCUAAAGAGAGAUGCAGAGAAGCCUGAUCAAGAUGAGAUCUUAGAAGACGCCACGGCGAUGGAGAGCAGGCCGGUCACCUGGAAUCUGAAGAACUUUGCGGAGACCAGCGAUUCGGAGGACGACGCUCGCUUCGAGUGCUACGAGACCUUGGAUGUCCUCGGCAAGAGUUCGUUCCAGUACGACCGGAAGCUCUCGUCGCCUUUCUGCGGCUACCAGUCGACCUUGCUGCACAGCUGUCUGAAGAGAGACGUUAGAGCGGUAAGGGAGGAGGAAGAUGAUAAAAAUGAGUCGAAACUGGACAGGAUCAUUGUGCAGGAUCAGACCAGGGAACGCGUGGCAGACAUGUGCCGAUUGGACGAUCCCUGUGUUGGAGAAGGAAAACUGUCGACGGUGUUCACCAGCGAGGAUGUCGGGCCAAGCAGACGCAACAGCUCCAGCACCAUCUACAAUAAGACUGAAGGAGGCUGCAAUAAUGCAACUGAGCUGUCCUCUUGUCUGCUGGCGCCGAUCGUGACGAUCACGCCGGCCCCGAGCAAGAGCGAGGCUCUGCAUCGCGUGUCGAGCGUCAGAAGCACGUCGAGCUACAUAAGUUUGCUAAAGGACAGAAUCAGCAACGGAGCCAUUUUUAGACACCGCGAGGAAACCAGGGCGGCUAGAAUAAGCGCCCUGGUCAUAGUAAUGGGUCUAAUUUGUUGGUCGCCGUAUGUGAUACUGUUGGUAAUGAACAAUCUGCCUCGACCCACUGACCAACAUCUGCCACGCAAAUACGACGCGUUGGCCUCCAGCUUCUUAAUUUUGGCCGCCUACAUUAGCCCGUUGUUGUUCGGCUAUCGGUCGCGACGCGUGAAACGCGAGCUCAGACGGUUCUUCUGCUUCAGGCGCGAGCUCUCCUACAAGAACAAUAGGAGCCUAAUGGCGAAGAAGGUGCUGAAAAGAAGGCACAGCAGCACCCUAAGCCAUCUCGAGGUCGACCACAAGUACAACAUCUUCAACUGCAUGUACGGCCGGAAUCGGUGGCCCAAGGAGAAAGUGCAGUUCGUGCAGGUGCCUGAUACAGCUCUGGCUGUUGAAACUUGCAGAAGCAGUUUCUCCAGCGGUGCCAGCACUCAGAUAUCCAGCACGUCCACGGAUGAUGGCUGAAUAAUUGUGCUAGGACUUGGACAAUGUUCCAGGUGGAAUUUCAGACAGGAUUUCGGUUCUUGAAACGGCGCGAAGAACUUUUACCCUGAGUAAUUGUUAGGGAAGAGAUUUCCAACUGCUAUAUGUUUCUGUUAUGGUUCUUUAUGUGCCAACCUUUGUGCUUUAAAUCGAUUCUAAAACUAUCAGUAAUUGUUGUAACUACAAAUUACUCUGUACAUGGAGAAAAAGAGACAUUUCUACAUAUUAUUGACUUCUAAUAAAGCAUUGAAAUAAUGCAGUUACAGAUUUUUCACAUUCACAUACAGUAUGUGUUAUUCAGAACAGGAUGUUAACAAAUAGAAGUUUUAGUUUCCUGUUUUCAAUUUUUACUCCAUUUUGUAUUGUAGUUAAUGCAAAGAAUAAAACAUAAAAAUACAACAUGAGUUCUUGCAGUGUUAGUAGUGAUACUAAUUGCAUAUGAGUUGCGAAUUAGGUCCAACAUAGGUGCUGGUCCAAAUCUGGCUACCUUAAUAAACUUGGUUGUGCAAUUGUACUUCGGUAGAAUAUCAUUUCUGAUGUCCGACAUUAUUGGACUAGAACCGAAAUAGAACCGUAAGUGAAACAGAUAGUACUUGAAAGAAUAUGAUACAACUGAUAACAAUUCUAUCAUCUUGAUAGAAUUAUUAAGAAUAAAGAUUCUUCGUAUCAGUUAUUCAAAAUAAAGGAUAACUGUUUUAAUCAGCAUAAAAAUUCUUCGUAACUGUUUUAAUCAGAAUUUUUAGUUUUUCUGAAUAGUUUGAAGCCCUGGCUUCUGGUACUGAUCACGAUUGUUCAGAGUACUUAAUGCGCUGUGCCUCCUGUUCGGUGAAAAUAUGCACUCGUCCGUUACUUAUUGAAAGUCUGUACAGUUUCUGGCGUCCAUAUUAUUCUAAGCUGAAUGAAAAUUGGAGAAAGAAACUCUCUGUUUUUUGAAAUUGGAAAGGUUCUCAUGGUUCAGAAAAUUUCAUAGUUUCUGUUACUAAGUUUGCGGUGCAAUAUUAAGUCAAUUUGCAUACAAUUGCGUCCAAGAGUGGACACGUUGUCGUCAGAAAUGUACACAAAGCGCUUGGCGUUGACACUAAUUUACAUGGUACAUCGUAUACAGAGUGACGCUAAUAUACUGUCGAAUAAUAUAAUGUGACAAACACAGUUGUAACAGAGUUAGAGAAAGACUUCGAAGAUAUAAUCGGUAAAUGUAGGAAAAUCAACGUUGAAUAUCUAACAUUUUAAUCUAGACUUCGUGUUGUCGAGAAUCACGAAAAGUGUGUUGUAUGUUAGAUAUAAAUCAUAUUUAAUCACACAUUUUUUACUUUGGAUAAGAGAACGUGUAACGACGUUUUUAUACACUUCGUAUUGUUAUGAAGUAGAAAAAUAUCAACGUUUCUUGAUUCUAACUCUAAGACGUUAAGAUAACUAACUCUCUUUUCUGUUGCUCCACGAGUAUGCAGUGUUUCAUUUGAAUCGGUGCCAAACACUUUGCGAAUGUCAUUUGUUGGCACGUGUAUGCAUCUAUGAAUGAAUGAAUUGUCAAAAAAUUGGCUAUCCGUUCAUUCAUUUUUCGAUUUUAGUGAAUUGAAUCGUCGACGUUCUGUGAGACGUAUUGAUCAUCUCGGUAUGAAAAUAGAUCAUUGGUCACAUCCGUUUUCCAUAAAUCACCUGAGAAAGAGCGAAAGAAAAAUGACACUGUCUGCAAUAGAUAAAUACUCUCUUUAACGUAUUUUGUCAUAUACGUUUCAUUGUAACAGAAAAUGACAGAGACAAUAAGAAAUCAAUAGGUAACAUUUUAUGAGUCUGUAACAUGUUGAUCGCCGCUAAAGUAAUUACUUAUGUAACUAAUAAGUUUUUACUGUAUGGCAAUCAUCAUAAGUGACUGCCAAUUAAAUUAAAAAUAAUGAAAAAUUGUUUCAAGGGAUAAAUGUGGAUAUCGCGUUCUAAAAAAAAUGUACACGUCCAAGUGAACUAACAGAUUAUCGAAUGUAUUGCUAAAAUACAGAAAUCGGUUGCUAUUUUCGGAUGUCAGAAAAUACGCGAAUACAUUAUCGUCGACGAAUUGUUAAUCCCGCAAUGAUCCGCUUAUUCAUCUUCUUAAUUAGUACGUUGAAAAACUCAGCGUUUGCAAUAGCGCAAAAUACAGAGUUACGUAAUUCGAGCAUUCGUGUUCCUACACACACGAGUUCAAAAGACUGCAUCGUAAAUUUCUCGUUCCAGUAAUUCUUUACAAACUUGUCUCCAAGGCUUUUGACUUUUUACAUUGAUGAAAAGCUUGAUAAGCUUCGUUUUUACGACUGCAACCGGACGUUAAUGAGGUUGACCGACUCAAGGUUACUUUACGUACUUAAGUGGCGUCGUAAACUACCUCCUGUCGCUCGGUAUCGCAAAUGGUACCAAUUUUUGUAAAACUUAAAAGAGGGAAUUUCGCUUGGAUAUUUAAAAGCAUCCAAACAAUGUACUAGAACUCUCCUUUAAGACAGUUAAAAUUUCAAAUUGCUUGAUCCAGUAUUUUCUUGUUAAUAAUGUGAAACAGCCAGAACAUUGAUCGAAGACAAGAUCUUCGAAGUUUGAAGUUAUAUUUCGAGAUAAUUUUGACAAUAUUGCAAGUUUUAAUUACUGAUUUUACAGAGUCGUUACUAAAAAGUUGAACUGCAAGAUUUUGAAAAGAAAAAUCGUUUUUUUUCACUAGAAAAAGCAAAUUUCCUCCUUGAAACGACUGCCUUUCAGCUUUCUGGAAAGCUGAUAGUGAAAACUGUCUGUGAAAACCUUUUAUGUAUGUAGCCUUUUAGUCACUUUAUUACUCUUCUCCCACCGAUAUCAACACUUCAACCACUCGUAUGGCAGCAAACGUAUUAACAGUCGCCGUUAAAUUACAGUUCAAUGAUCAUAUUUCCAUUCCGAAAAAAUUGCCAAUCUAGUCACAACAUUUCUUUCACGAACAGGAACCUGAAAAUGACUUCACUUGAUCCAUAUUUAUUUUCUGGUUGUAUAUCGAAUGCGCAAACAGUACAUAUGUAGGUGUUUACGUUCAUUUGUUAUUAGCAAUCAUUUUAUUGUAUCUGUAAAUUGUUUCGCUCUUUUUCUGUGGAAGAUAGCAUGUUCUGGUUUAGUAAUGCUACAAUUUUACUGUACAAUGGUUCAAAGUCGUUUUAAGUAGAGAGAGAAAGAGAAAUUAUUUUAUGACAUGGAUACAAUGAACUCUAUUUGCAGCGAAUUAUAUGAUCGAUUCGCAAUAUUUUCUGCGAAAUAAAUUAUUAUUUUAUUGAAAGAGCUCGGAAGUGAACGAAAAUACACUACGAUUGUGUAACAUGAAUGAAUUAAGGGACUUUAACAUUUACAACGAUAUUUUAUGUUGUACGUUGUUCUAACUUAUUGGACGUUUUUGUAAUUAGAUUACGCAACCGCUAAAGUACGUCAAUAUUUAUAAGUCUGUACCGAUGGUGUAUUUCUUCUGUUUAUUUAUGUGAGGACGUCGAGCCCGCGAUGUUAAUAAUUAUUAAAUCGUGUAGGUUUAUGUGUAGACGUUUGAAAACUUCAGAGAAUUGAAACCGUAAUGAAGAACCUUGUUCAAUUUUAAUUAUUACUAUUCGAAGGUUUGCAAAGCAAACUGGGUAUUCAUUUAUCACUUCUAAAGUACAUUGUGAAAGUCUUAAGAGUGAAUGGAACUUGUAAAAUGGAACAGAGAAACAUUGAGCAUUGAUGAACGAACCAAUUGUGCUAUGGGUGUCCUAAUUGUGAGCUUUGUGUCCAUUUUUUCUGGACAACUAAAAUAGCCAACGAGGUUCCGAUAUUUUUAUUUCAAUCUACGUUCAUUGUGACUUUCUAUUCCUUUUUGUGGGUUUACGAACAAGCUGGGUGCGCACCGGUUGUUCUGAAACAGUUUGUGAAAUCGUAGACGUGUAUUUAGUGUUGUGAGACUUUAAAAAGUAACUGCGAUUGCGGAUCUUCUUGCGCAUUGCCAUCGAUUAGAAUCUAAAAUCUAGGGGAAAUAAUCUUUGGUCUACUAAACAAUUCAAUUGAUUGAACAAUCCAAUUAAUUCAAAUUGGAGGAUACAAUUGAGAAAACUGCUCAUGGGAACUCGUAGACUACUGUCCAAACCAUAAUUUCCUUAAACUUAAAUGAUCUAAUAGUGAUUUCAAAAUUUCAAUUUCUGCUUAUCUUAUUUUUUCUGUUCUCUCUCGAAAAAAAAAGUUUUGUUAAUGCAUACAUGCACAAAGAUCCGCAGUCUAAUGAUAGCUCUUGGAUGACCUAUUUAUUGAUGAACGCGGCGAGAUAUUUCCGCAGGCGCCGCCGUGUAAAUAUGUAUACAUUUCAUGACAAAUCUCAUGCGGAUCUUUGAAAUGUCAAGGAUAUUUCACCACUAUUUUGUACAUUACAAAUACAAGUACCUUUAUUUAUAUUAAAUAGACUGUACAUACAAAAGCGACGCGAUAUCGAUUCCGUACAUCGCGUCGCUGUUUCGGUUCGUUAUUGUGUCUGUGUGCGUGUGUUUUGAACAUGUACCUUUCCAUAUCUCUCUGUGUGGACACAUGUAUACAUGUAUAUUAAACAAGUUAUUUUUAAUACACUAAAA